GUGCGCCUCGGUAAUUGGCUAGUAGCCGCGACUAUUCUGUUUUUUUUUUUCGAUUACGUCCCCGAAACCUGUGCUCCCCGCUUAUGUGCGCUCCGCUUCUCCCUUUGUUCCUGUGUGGUUUUUCGUGUUUGAGGUGUAUCGUGUGAAAAUGGAUUCCAAGAGGAUUCAGAGCAGCAAAGAUAAGAAAUUAAGGCGGAAGGAGAAGCUAUUCGGUUCGUCAGAUCGCAAGUUAUGCCUAACGGAUUCAGCCAGAGGAUAAGGAGGUUAAAUAAUUGUGGGUUGCCUGUCCAGCUAAAGAGGUUCGGGCUGUGCAUUCUCAGAGAGACGAGCCGUAAGUUGGAAUGUAAAACGACCGUCAUCGGUAUGUUCUGAGGCCUCCUCCGAAAAUAAAGUCAAAGCAAAUAUAAGUGAUGGCCUUCUCUAGUGCACAGAAGGUGAGGCUUAUGCUUUGCUUGAGAUCUGACAUUAGAGGAUAAUUUCAUCACGGAGAAUAAGAGGAAUUAAAUAGAAUGAGGGAUGGAGUAAAGAAGAGGCAUCUCAACUAUUUUUAUAUAUUUAUAUUCUCUGGGUAAAUUGCACUGGGUAUUGGAGAUGAAAAAGGCAAUUGAUGAUAUUAUAAAGUCAGCAUCAAUCAUCAAGGAUCAUCUAGCUUCUUUUAUGGCUUUCUCUCACUACGAUAGGAAUGGUUUAUCUGUCUACUUCAACUCAGGAUUUGGUGAUCAGCUAUCUUCUUCUAUAAAGAAGUACAUCCAGAAUCUUCUUAAGGUUAAUAUGGAAGGCCCGUACGGUCAAGACUGGCCAAGGGAGGAGAAGGUGAAACGUAGGGAAAUGGUUGCUCCAGAAGCACGAUACAUAUUUGUUCGGGAAUCUUCAAAUGUGGUUCAUGAUGAUAGUUAUUUCAAGGAGAAUGGUAGAAUGAACUGCUGGACUGGUGAUGGAGACCCCUUAGUUGGUUUUGUGCAUUAUCGUUUUAUUGCUGAAGAAGAUAUACCUGUUCUUUAUGUCUAUGAGCUUCAGCUGGAUACUUGUGCUAGAGGAAAGGGGUUAGGGAAGUUUUUGAUGCAACUGAUUGAACUUAUUGCACGGAAGAAUCAGAUGGGAGCUGUUAUCUUAACAGUGCAGAAGGCAAACAUCUUGGCUUUAAAUUUCUAUACAAAUAAACUGAGGUAUGUAAUCUCAACAAUUUCACCCUCAAAAGUUAAUCCACUGUCAGGAUCUGAAAAGAGCUAUGAGAUUCUUUGCAAAACGUUCAAUAGCGAGGCAAAAGACAAACUUGAGGGUGCAUUUGGGCGGCUGUUGCUUUUCUAAGAGGCUGUUGUAAAGCUGCUUCCUGAAGAAGUAGCUUUUCAGGAACUGUCAGAAAGCUGU